CAAUAAAGAUGGCGAUGAACCACUCAAUGCGGCAAAAGGCCGGGUGGCCUCAAUCAAACUUCAAAAAUCAGACGUUCACUAGCGAAAACAUUCCCAAUAAGCCUAUAAAUUUAUACCCUCUUACAAAUUACACAUUUGGUACAAAAGAACCACUCUAUGAAAGGGACAAGUCAGUUGAGGCCAGAUUCUCUAGAAUGCGUGAAGAAUUCGCUAAGAUUGGUAUGAGGAGAUCAGUCGAAGGAGUCCUAAUUGUUCACGAACAUGGCUUGCCUCAUGUAUUACUCCUCCAACUGGGAACUACUUUCUUCAAAUUGCCUGGAGGUGAAGUGAACCAAGGUGAGACUGAAGUUGAUGGUCUAAAGAGAUUACUAACAGAGACCCUAGGUAGACAAGAUGGUGCCCCUAUGGACUGGCUUGUUGAGGAGACCUGUAUAAUUGGCAACUGGUGGCGAGCAAACUUUGAGCCCCCUCAGUACCCAUAUGUCCCUGCACACAUCACUAAACCAAAAGAACACAAACGGUUGUUCAUGGUACAGCUCCCAGAAAAAGCACUGUUCGCAGUACCAAGAAAUUAUAAACUAGUUGCUGCUCCAUUGUUUGAACUCUAUGACAACUCUGCAGGAUAUGGUCCUAUUAUAUCUAGCCUUCCCCAAGCAUUGAGCAGGUUCAAUUUCAUCUACAACUAACAGCAUCUGGAAAAAGCGACAGCAAAAACAAAAUAGACUAGAGAAAGCAGUGACCACCCUGGACUUAGUGUUCAAUUAAAAGGUGUACAUGUAUUUCAUACCCUGAUAUUACACAUAUUUUUUGAAGACAGACUGAGAAAGAUAGAAAAGUUUUAACUACAGUGUUUCAAUACAUCUGCAUUUUUACAAAUUAUCAAAAUGUCCGCUGAACAGCAAUCAUGUUUUGAAUCCAAUGAAACUGAUUGUAAUGAUUGGAUUUUAUUCGACAUGUUUUUAUGUAUCAUUGGUUUCAAUGAAUCCAUUGCAAAAUAUCACAUGUAUCUGUGCAUUCAAGGCUUAGUACAUGUGCAUUCAAGACUUUGAUUGCACAAUAAUUUUUUGGAUAGUACAGUAUGCUAUUUUCUUAAAAUAUCAAAGUGAAUUGAUGUAAAUGAGACGUCUCUUAGGGAACCAUGUGGAAUCUCGAACAAGACUAUUGAUGUCCUAAGACGCAUGCUAGAAAAAUCAAUGAAUUCUUGCACAGGGAUUUCCCAAUGGCUUAAGAUGUUAAGAUGCGUCCAGCAUUGUCACACACGCUCAUCUUGCAAACUGUUUCAAAAUGAUCAUUUCAUUUUCAAGAAUUUAAAAAUUUAAAAAUAAUUAUUUAAAGUGACAAAAUUCAACAUUUUAUUUUCAUUUGAUUUUUUAGGAUGGAUUUUUGAGAAAAUUAAUGAUAAUUAUAAUGUGUUUGCAAUAUUCCAAUGAAGUCAACUGGAUCAGUGACUCAUUUUCAGAGCAUUUUUGACAACUGGAUGAGUCAGCCAUCUUGAAAAUGAUUGAUUUUUAUCUCUGUUUUUAAUAUGAUUCUUAAUUAGUCACUCGGAAAAUAAAGAUAUGUGUGUCGUAGUAAUAGAACUCAAGAAAAUGUUGACUUCUUUUUAAUAUGUGUCUGAUCAAACGACUUUGGUAACUCAAAUCUCCCCAGUGACCCGGUGAUAGUAUCAAGUACCCCAUAUUAAUUACAUUAAGAACAUUUUGGAGUUGCAUUCCUAUGUAACCAUCGAUAGGCACUGCAAAUCUUUCAUUACCCAAGUAUUCUCAUUUCUAUCUACUCGUUCAUGCACUUGUGUGUAUUGCAUGUGUAAUGUGAACUGAAUUUAAAAGAGGAAUAUUACGAAUACCAGCAAAUUGUCCAGAUCUGAAUUUAAAUUGAAAUAUGACCAGGAAAACCAAAAAAAUUGUAAUCUUAAGAAAACAAGGGUAGCACUUUUUCCCAGCUAUUUGAGUUACCAUUGAAAGUUUGAGAGACAUUCUGUAGCGAGUUUGUAGAGAUUGUUUGAUAUUAAAAGAAAUAUCCCCUAAAAUUGGGGAAACUCUACAGACUUGAGUUCUCGUAUGUACACGUGGCAUGUCACUCUGAUGUGUCACUUGAGUAAGAAUAGAGUCCAGUUGAGUAAGAAUUGUGUCACUUUAGCAAAGAAUAGUGUCAAUUGAGUGUAUCAGUUGAGUAGGAAUUGUGUCAC